AUGCCAUUAAACAUCCUAGCUACCGCUGUAAUCGAAGGUACAGAUAAAAUCCCGUACUGGAAAGAAAUUCGAACCAUUGCUCCAUAUGUAGCAGGUGUUACUGCUGUUAAGGUUUGGUCCAGAGGCGCUACCAACCAGUGGCGCAGAAAUAUGCAUGGGAAGGUUUAUAUAGUCACAGGGGCCACCACACAAGGAAUGGGCACUUCUGUAGCACUUGAGAUGGCGGCGAGAGGUGCACAAUUGAUUAUCUUAGUGAGGAGAAUCGACGAAUGGACCACCGAGUGGGUUGAAGACUUGCGCAGCAGGAGUCAGAAUGAGAUGAUAUAUCUUGAACAAUGCGAUCUAAGUGACCUUUAUCAAGUCAGGAAAUUUGCUACCAAAUGGCUUGACAAUAAACCGGCCAGAAGGCUGGACGGUGUGGUGGCUAUGGCCGGAAAUGUGGAACCUGCGUGGAAGGGGGUUCGUAAGGCAUCUGUAGAUGGUUUGGAGCUGCAAAUAGCCACGAACUUUGCAGGAGUAUUUCAUCUUCUAGACUUGCUCAAACCCAGCUUCAAAGCUCAACCCCCGGAUCGCGAUGUGCGAAUUAUAGUGACCACUUGCAUGCUUCAGGCCUUAGGCAACGUUCAGAUCGAUGAUCCGCUUUGGCAAGGGGCCAAAUACGAUAGGCCCCUCAAGUUCUUUGGAAGCUCAAAGCUCCAGCUCAGUCUAUGUAUGCUAGAGUUACAGAGGCGACUAUUGGAAGUCGAUGAGAAAAAAGUGGAUGGAAGGUCAGGCAAGAAUGUCACAGUAACAUUAGUGCAACCGGGAAUUAUGCGUUCUACCAGCUUGAGACGCUUGAUUAGUAACGGGUCUGUUUGGAUUCUCGUUUUCCUUUAUUCUUUCCUACUGUAUCCCAUAUUAUGGCUACUCACUAAAAGUGGGUAUCGCGGAUCACAGUCUGUACUGUACGCAUUGAUGACCCCCGAGUUUGAGGAGAUCAACUGGAAAGACGACGAAGUCAAAUACGUUGUGAACUGUUCCAUCUCUAAGUUUUCUCGCAAGGAGUUUGCAGAUGCUCAACUGCAAAAGAAGCUCUACGAUAACACUUCCCAAAAGAUUCUCGAAGUUGAAAGAGCUAUGGCUAUAAAAAGGAAUGUAGGCAAGAAGAAAGCCGCAAGUAAGAAAUAG